AUGUUUGAUUUAAAAAAAAAAAAUGCAUAUUGCUCUCGUAAACCUAUCGGGUGUGUAUUCCAAUGUUAUAUAUCCCGACAUCUUGACACCUCAUCAAAUUACAAGCGGCCCGUCGAGGGGUGCCACAUGAUCGGACCUGAGAAUCCUUCCCCGGCAUAAGCUUCAAGCUUGCUCGUAUUGAUCUCCCAUUUUUGAGACAUCUCUUGACGUCCCAAUCAUGUUUCCUGUCCUCUACCGAUCUCGAUGUCCCUUCCUUUAUGGCCUUCUUUAAUCGCUUCAUCCAGAGAGAGAUGAGAAAGGGCGAGAGACGGGAAUUAAAUGAGAAGAGCAAGAGACGAUAGAAAAGAAAGCGAAACGAAACAAAACAGAACAGAAGGACCCUCAGACAGACAGAUAGACAGACAUAAAUAGAAGUAGACGUGUUUUUCUCGUAUAUUCUAUGCAGUUCUUUGCUGCGCUUCACAUGGGUAAUGGCAACUGUCGUUUCAGACGAGAGGGCUACCGGAUUGGCCGAGAUUACUUGUUGUAACCCAAUUUUCCUUUUUUCCCUGACGCUGCUUACUCAAGUCAAUGAGGUCAUCUCAUCUCGAUCAGUUUCAUCAUAUACUUUUGAGCCAACACUUGCGCAGCAAGAAAGAAUUCCGCCCAGCUCCCCUCAGUGCCCAAGUUUUCACUUUUUCUCUGCUUAAUUUGGUCUAAAAAAUUCUUCUCUGUUUAAUUACUAUUCUUUUUGUUCCAAACCUUUGGCAGCAAGAAUGAAUUCCCCCAUCAUGGGAAACAGAAGCAACACUGUCAGUACCGAGAGAGAGAGAGAGAGAGAGAUUAUCAUCUCUAUAUGCCCCACCAACGCGUAAACUGCCAAAGCAAGGCUAGAAAGUCCGAGUGCCCAAUCGUGUUCCGAGACUUGGAACCCAAACAAAGAUAGAAAGAAGGGGGUGGAACAUGGCAUUAAACAACGUUUGUCAUUUGUGAAAUUACAGCAGUUGUAGUACUCUCCGUGCUUUCCUUUCAGUUGAAGCUUGGGACUUGACAUUGAUAUUGUACCAGAGCCAAGGAUCUUUCUAUAGAGCAUGGAUACUAAUAUAGUGCUGCGCUUUGGAAAUCUGGUUUCGAGGGAUAAUUUUUCUGUGCUCUGGAAACAGGCAAAUGUCUUUGCGAAAUUUGAUUUCAAGCUCAGAAGAUUGUAUUUCUUCUUUUCCCAUCUUUCCGUAGAGUACAAGAUUGAAAUCUCCUAUGAGAACAUUUGGAAGAUUGAGCUAUAUUGUCCACGUGAUCAAGCAACAAAGUUUCUUCUCAUUCAGCUACUCGGUUCUCCAAGGAUUUCUGAGAAAGCUGUAUCUGCUGGACAUCAUUAUGAGUGGGUUCGAGAAGUUGAUUUCACUCCAUUCUGUUGCAUUGGCCAAUCUUCUGCUCUAUGUUUGGAGCUUCCAAAUACACUCCGGCUUCCGAAAUUCCACCUUGAAUUUGUCCACUAUAAAGAAAAUGAAGAACGACUUGGAUUGAUGGAAGGGUCUCCUUUCUCUUGCAGUUCUGGUCUUGUGCCCAUUGUGAAUCCACCCAUAGGCUUUGACCUGCCAUAUAAAAUCUUGUUUAAGAUCAACUCCUUAAUUCAGCAUGGAUGUGUUCCUGGGCCAGCAAUUGAUGAUGAUUUUUAUCGGUUAGUCGAUCCUAAGAGUACCAAAAUUGAGUACAUAGAAAGUGCCCUAGACAAGCUGUUUCAUUUAGGAGACUGCUGCUAUGAACCUGUAAGAUUGCUCAAGGAGCAGUUUAAAGGAUAUGCCACAUCUACGCUACUUCCUAGAGCUCCUGCUAUUUCUUUAUGUGAUGGGCUGGUGUAUGUACACAGGGUUAAAGUUACUCCAUCUAAAGUAUACUUCUGUGGUCCAGAGGUGAAUCUGUCCAACAGAGUCUUGCGCAAUUAUCCUGAAGAUAUUGAUAAUUUCCUGCGUGUUUCUUUUGUCGAUGAGGACUUUGAUAAAGUGUACUCAAUAGCUUUAUCUCCACGUUCAUCAUCUGCAAAGGAGAAUAAGCGAACUAGAGUUUAUGAGAGAAUAAUAUCCACUUUAAGAAAUGGCAUAGUUAUUGGAGAUAGGAAAUUUGAGUUUCUUGCCUUUUCAUCCAGUCAGGUACGAGAAAAGUCUGUUUGGAUGUUUGCUUCAAGAGCAGGUCUGACUGCAGUAGAUAUCAGAGAGUGGAUGGGUGAUUUUCGAGAUAUAAGGAAUGUGGCAAAAUAUGGUGCCAGACUGGGUCUGUCUUUUGGCUCUUCUAGAGAAACUGCCAGCGUUGGUAUAGAUGAAAUUGAAGUUAUUCCCGAUGUAGAAGUUAAGAGGGGAGAAGCCACGUAUUGUUUCUCAGAUGGCAUAGGGAAGAUAUCUCAAGAGUUGGCUUGCAAAGUGGCAACAAAGUUAGGCUGCUGUUCUGUUCCAUCAGCGUUUCAGAUUCAAUAUGGUGGAUACACUGGUGUUGUGGCUGUUGAUCCGACAUUGUUUGCAAAGUUGUCAUUGAGAAAGAGCAUGUUCAGAUACAAAUCACUUGACACAAAACUCAAUGUUCUGGCAUGGAGUAAGUUUCAGCCUUGUUUUCUGAAUCGCCAGAUAAUCACUCUUUUGUCCAACCUUGGAGUGAAGGAUCAAGUUUUUCUAAAAAGGCAAAGGGAGGCUAUAGAUCAUCUGGAUGCCAUGUUAACAGAUCCGUCGAGAGCACAAGAGGCACUGGAGAUGAUGUUCUCAGAAGACAUCGCAAAAGUUUUGAAGGAAAUGCUUAUAUGUGACUACAAGCCAGAUGUAGAACCAUUUCUUUCAAUGAUGCUUCAAACAUUCCGUGCAUCCAAGUUGAUGGACAUAAGGUUUGGAACAAGGAUAUUUGUUCCAAAUGGAAGAGUUAUGAUGGGAUGCCUAGAUGAAACCAGGACAUUGGAAUACGGUCAAGUAUUUCUGCAAGUUUCUCGCUUUAGUAAAGAGCUCUGUAAACAGUCAUCUGUUAUGUUUAGUGUCAGCAGUUCAAACCCAAAUAACUUCCUUUUUGAAGGUGAGGUGAUUGUUGCUAGAAACCCAUGUCUACACCCAGGAGAUGUACGAGUACUAAAAGCUGUUAAUGUGCCUGCUCUACAUCACAUUGUGGAUUGUGUUGUUUUCCCACAAAAUGGAAAAAGACCUCAUCCAAAUGAAUGUUCGGGAAGCAGUUUGGAUGGAGAUAAGUACUUUGUCUGUUGGGACCAUGAUCUAAUUCCUCCUCUGCAAACUCAUCCAGCGGAAUAUAUUGCAGCACCAACUCUGCAACUGGAUCAUGAUGUUACGAUAGAGGAAUUAGAGGAGUGUUUCAUCAACAACACAGUCAAUGAAAAUUUAGGAGUCAUCCAAAAAGCCCACACUGUCUUUGCAGAUAGGGAGCCCCGUAGUGCAAUGAGCCAUAAAUGUUUGGAACUUGCUGAGCUAUACUCAAUUGCAGUUGACUUCCCGAAAACUGGUGUUGCAGCUAAAAUACCUCCUCAUCUACGUGUCCAUGAGUAUCCCGAUUUCAUGGAAAAGCCUGAAAAAUGGACCUACAGAUCAACAUCUGUUAUAGGAAAGCUUUUUCGCGAAGUGAAAUACAUUGCAUUGCGCAUAAGUCCUAUGAAGCCCUUCACUUUGGAAGCAGCAAAAAAGUAUUAUGACUCUGACAUGGAAGUAGACGGCUUUCAGGACUAUCUCAGUGAUGCUUUGAAAUACAAAAGUGACUAUGAUUACAAGUUGGGGAAUUUGAUGGACUAUUAUGGGAUCAAAACUGAAGCUCAAAUACUUAGUGGCAACAUUUUGAAAAUGCCAAAACAUCUUCAUAGGAAGGGAAUUAUAGAUGCAAUUAAAUAUGCUAUGUAUUCCUUAAGAAUGGAAGCCCGGACCUGGUUCGAUGAGGGAGAUGAUUCUUACACUUAUAAUGCAAAAGCAAAAGCAAAAGCAUCAGCAUGGUAUCAUGUCACAUAUCAUCAUACUUACUGGGGUCGUUACAAUGAGGGAAUGGAUAGGGCUCAUUUCCUUAGUUUUCCAUGGUGUGUCUAUGACAAGCUUCUGCAAAUCAAGAAGGAUAAAGGGAGCACAAACUCUUCACUUCUGUCAUCGCCAGACCAUCAACUCAGUCAACUUAUCUGAAUAUGAAAGCAGUGUGAUAUUACUACUAUUUUACCUUUGAUUAGUACUGUUACUGGUAUUUGCUUGUAAAUGCUCCAGGUAGAUUUUUGGGGCUGGAAAUAUGUUGUAAUUCCUAUCUUACUUAAACAGAUCUCCGGGUAUGUAUUUUGACAUUAAUUCUGCAAAACAAGCUUC